AUGUCAAAGACUCGCCUCAUCGACUCUGAUAGCGACAACAGCUCCCCCCACACACACACCGCAAUACUUUCUUCCUUUUCUUCGUUCUAUACCAGCUUUCAUUUCAGCGUUUCUUUCCUCUUCGGAUUUCUUCUUUGUUUUCUCUCUAAAUACUUUUUUAUUUAUCCUCAUUUUUCCUUUGACACUCCUUCCCUGCUAACGUCGAUCAGCUUUUUAGUUCCUUCUUUCUUUCUUUGCUCUAUCUUUCCUUCUUUGUUUCAUUCUUUCAUUCUUUCUUUCCUUCUUUCUUUCUUUGUUUCAUUCUUUCGUUCUUUCUUUCCUUCUUUCUUUCUUUCUUUGUUUCAUUCUUUCGUUCUUUUCUUUCCUUUUUUUUCUUUGUUUUUUCUUUUUUCGUUCUUUCUUUCCUUCUUUCUUUCUUUGUUUCAUUCUUUCGUUCUUUCUUUCCUUCUUUCUUUCUUUGUUUCAUUCUUUCGUUCUUUCUUUCCUUCUUUCUUUCUUUGUUUCAUUCUUUCGUUCUUUCUUUCCUUCUUUCUUUCUUUGUUUCAUUCUUUCGUUCUUUCUUUCAUUCUUUCUUUCUUUGUUUCAUUCUUUCGUUCGCUCUUUCCUUCUUUCUUUCUUUGUUUCAUUCUUUCGUUCUUUCUUUCCUUCUUUCUUUCUUUGUUUCAUUCUUUCCUUCUUUCUUUCUUUGUUUCAUUCUUUCGUUCUUUCUUUCUUUGUUUCAUUCCUUCGUUCUUUCUUUCCUUCUUUCUUUCUUUGUUUCAUUCUUUCGUUCUUUCUUUCCUUCUUUCUUUUUUUGUUUCAUUCCUUCGUUCUUUCUUUCGUUCUUUCUUUCUUUGUUUCAUUCUUUCGUUCUUUCUUUCCUUCUUUCUUUCUUUGUUUCAUUCUUUCGUUCUUUCUUUCCUUCUUUCUUUCUUUGUUUCAUUCUUUCUUUCUUUCUUUCUUUCUUUGUUUUAUUCUUUCGUUCUUUCUUUCUUUGUUUCAUUCUUUCAUUCUUUCUUUCCUUCUUUCUUUCUUUGUUUCAUUCUUUCGUUCUUUCUUUCCUUCUUUGUUCUAUCUUGCCUUCUUUGUUCUGUCUUUUCUUUUUCUUUCUAUCUUUGCCCGUUUAUUCAUUCCUUAUUCUAUCUUUCUUUUCUUCUCAGUUCACUCUUUCCUUCUUUUGUUCUUUCUUUCUUGCCUUCCUUCUUCUAUCUUAUCUUCUUUGUUCUGUCUUUCCGUCUUUCUUUCCUUUUUGUUCUAUCUUUUCUUCUUUGUUCUCUCUUUCUUUCUUUCUUUCUUUCUUUGUUUUGCCUUACCUUCUUUGUUCUGUUUCUUUCGACCUUGCUUUCCUUCUUGCUUUCUUUCUUUCUUUCUUUCUUUCUUUAA